AUGAACCUGAAGAAGUACUUUGUUCGUGCGCUGCACCGCCUGCAGAAGGGCCCUGGCUACACCUACAAGGAGCUGCUGGUCUGGUACUGCGACAACACCAACACCCACGGCCCGAAGCGCAUCAUCAAAGAAGGGCCAAAGAAGAAAUUAAUCUGGUUCUUCUUAACGCUGCUCUUUGCGUCUCUGGUCUUCUGGCAGUGGGGUAUCCUCAUCAACACCUACCUCUCCUAUAACGUCACUUCAACUCUCUCUAUUGGCUUUAAGACCAUGAAGUUCCCAGCAGUCACGGUCUGCAAUGCCAACCCUUUCAAAUACUCAGAGGUGAAGCAUCUGUUGAAAGAGCUGGACAGGCUCAUUGAAGCAGCGCUGGAAAGGAUCCUGCAGCCUGCACCGGGGAACAGCAGUGAGAACGCUUCACCACCGCUCGACCUGAGGCUCUGGCACCAGAUACCCCUGGUCCUCAUUGAUGAGCACGACAAAGACAACCCCGUCAUCCUGGACAUCUUUGAAAGCAACCAGACUGCUGCGGGCAACCAAACCGCUGCUCCACCUGCCCCAGCCAACACGACGUUGGAAGAAAAGAAGUACAAGUUGGCGGUGAAGCUGUGCAGCCAUCAGGGCUCCGACAACUGCACCUACAGGAACUUCACCAGCGCGGCGCAGGCGGUGACCGAGUGGUACAUCCUGCAGUCCACCAGCAUCCUCUCCAAAGUCCCUCUGCAAGAGAGAAUCAGGAUGGGCUACCAGGCAGAAGACAUGAUCCUGGCGUGUCUCUAUGGGGCCGAACCCUGCAACUACAAGAAUUUCACCCAAAUCUAUCACCCAGACCAUGGUAACUGCUACAUCUUUAACUGGGGCAUGGACGAAGAGGCUUUGAAUUCCUCCAACCCUGGAGCCGAGUUUGGGCUGAAGUUAAUUCUGGACAUCAGUCAGCAAGACUAUAUCCCCUACCUGUCAUCCGCUGCCGGGGCCAGGCUCAUGCUGCAUCAACAGAAGAGCUUCCCCUUCCUUAAGGAUCAGGGCAUCUAUGCAAUGGCGGGGACAGAAACCUCCAUCGGUGUGUUAGUGGAUGAACUGGAACGGAUGGGCUACCCCUACAGUGACUGCACCAAUAAUGGGUCUGAUGUCCCCGUAAAAAAUCUCUAUAGCCAGUAUAAUACUUCCUAUUCCAUCCAGGCUUGCCUGCGCUCUUGUUUCCAAAAUCACAUGACUGAAAUCUGUGGAUGUGGUCACUAUAUGUUUCCUUUACCUGAGGGGGUAAAUUAUUGCAAUAACGAAGAUAACCCAGGUUGGGCAUAUUGCUAUUCAUCACUGAGAUCAAGUAUAACACACAGACAGAUUUGUAUUGACUCUUGUAAGGAAACGUGCAACGACACGCAGUAUAAGAUGACCAUCUCCAUGGCAGACUGGCCCUCUGAAGCUUCAGAGGACUGGAUUUUCCAUAUUCUGUCUUAUGAAAGAGAUAUGUCAACAAAUGUGACUCUGGACAGAAAUGGGAUCAUCAAGCUGAACAUUUACUUCCAGGAGUACAACUACCGCACCAUCUCAGAGUCUGCUGCCACAACGAUCGUUUGGCUGCUGUCGAGCCUGGGAGGCCAGUUCGGGUUCUGGAUGGGGGGCUCGGUGCUGUGCCUCAUCGAGUUCGGGGAAAUCAUCAUCGACUCACUGUGGAUCACCGUCAUUAACGUGAUCAGCUGGUGCAAAGGCCUGAAGCAGAAGCGGGCGCAGGCACGGUACCCGGACGCGCCCCCGACGGUGUCGGAGCUGGUGGAGGCUCACACCAACCUGGGCUUCCAGCACGAGGACGCGGGUGCCCUCCCCAGGGACGAGGCGCUGCCCCCCGAGCCCGGCACCCCCCCGCCCAACUACGACUCGCUGCGCGUGCAGCCCCUCGACGUCCUCGGUCCUGACAGCGACGCAGAAACUGAGUGAGCAGCACGCCCCGGCACCUCCUGAUGGCAAGCUGCCAUCACCGUGCUCAGUUUGUCACUUGCUGAGCAAUCUCCUACUCUUUAUCGAAAUUAGGGAGGAACUAAAAAGCCCUGGCUGUGCUCCCCUCCCUGACGGUUCACUGUGAAGGAGCUCUGGCUAAUAAACC